UUUAGCAUGUUGCUUUCUUGCUGAUGAAAUGUCACCAAUGCUGGCUUGAGUAAUAAAUAGGCCUUUUAACUACUGUGCCAUUGGGUACAUUGUCACACACUAUUCUAUCAAGUUUGAUCAUUCCAUGGCUAUUCGCGUGACGUUCUUGUUGGUUAUUCUAGUAGUCUUGCCACUUCCUUCUGAUUCAGCUGAUCCUGAUCCCCUGCAGGAUUUCUGUGUUGCAAUUCUGAACGAUACAUCAACGUCUCUCAACGGUUUUCCUUGCAAACCUGCUUCUCAAGUUACUUCAAAUGACUUCUUCUUUGAUGGCCUAACCAUAGAGGGAAACACUAAGAAUGCAUUUGGAUUCAGUGCAACCGUGGGGAACGUUCUUUCAUUCCCAGGUUUAAACACACAAGGUCUCUCGAUGAAUCGAGUUGACUUUGCCCCAGGAGGGCUAAAUCCACCUCAUUCACACCCUCGUGCAACUGAGUCCGGAGUAGUCAUUAAAGGGAAGAUCUACGUUGGGUUCGUAACAACGAAGAACGUGUUAUAUUCCAAAGUAUUGACUGCAGGGGAAAUGUUCGUGGUGCCCCGAGGACUGGUGCAUUUCCAAAUGAAUGUUGGAAAGGAGAAGGCAAUGACAAUCACAGCUUUUAACAGUCAUUUGCCAGGAGCAGUGGUUCUACCAACUACACUGUUUACUUCAAAGCCAUCAAUUCCUGAUGAGGUGUUGACUAAGGCAUUCAAAAUUGAUGCAACUGUCAUUGAUGACAUCAAAGCAAAACUUGGUGCCAUAAACUAUUAACAAUUGAAUAAACCAGAAUGGAAAAUAAAAGCCUACAGCAUAAGUUUGUGUAUUUGUCUACAUAGAUAGAUUAUUCAGGUGUGUAUUGUGUAAUAAUAAUCAAUAAUACAGAAGAAGAAGGAGCAACAAUAAUUCAUGAUUUGGGUGCUCAGAUAAUUCUGUUCUUUGCAGUUACUCAUUAAAUGAGAGUCCGGUUGUUUUUCACCAAUUUCUUU